CCCCAAAGAGAUAAGAGAGCAAGGGAAUCCACAUAAUCCAAGAGAGAAGGAAGGAGGAGAGCAGUUCGCAGGUUCGUUCUUCAGUGCGUAGCUCUGAUGGUUUGAGCCAUAACUUGAGAUUUACGCACCCAAAUAAGGCGUGCGAGAUACCAACAGAAAGCUCUCAAGACGAGGAAUCCGUGAAGGUCUGGUUUGCAUAAAUCGGAGUAGUGGAAGGCCUCCAAAUCGACCGAGCAAAACACGACCUCGCAGAAUACGUUUUUGUAUUCAAAGUUAGGGAACGAAUUCGUCGGGAAACACCCGUUCUAGGGACUGUUUUUGCAUUUUCGGUUAGGAGUUGAACUAGCACUUUGAGGGGGCUGUUUAACACUCAAUUCCAAGCAAGGAAUCAGUUCUCAAUCUUCCUUGGCCGAGGCUUUGGGUCAUUGGAUCGAGAAGGAAAGUUUUAAAGCUCAUUUGAGGUUGAGGCUAGAGCUUGCUUCCUGUGCUCGUUGCCCGAGUGAUUUCCCGGAGAGAAGACUUGAAAUGGACCGUGGUGGCAGGAUUACUAGGAGAAACCCGACGGGCCGUGUACCAGUGGAGACUGGACAGGGCAGUCGAAGGACCUCUAGGGCAUCUAGAGGAGCUGGCCGUGGAGGCCGAUCACAGACCGUGAGUGACGGUCAUGUUGACACGGAAAGUGAGACCUACUGGUCCUAUGAGGACUCGACUUACCAACCGGAGACAGAGCCGGUUGAGACCCCUUAUGAAGGGGAUGAUGACGAUGUAAGUGAUGAGGAGGAAAAUGGCUCCUUAGCACGGAUCGAAGCACUACUCCAACAAUACCACAGGGAGCGUGAAGAGAGGAGGCAACGCCGAAGACGCCGAGCGGGGCAACCUUCGGGCAUGGCUUCAGGAGGAGGAAGUCAUGGUGCAUCUAGAGUCCAUGUGGAACCACAUGGAGGCCAAAAUGAUGGAGGUCCAACCAUAAGGAUCUCCAAAUUUAUCAAAGAAGCAAGGGAUUUGGGGUGCAAACCCUUUGAUGGAGCAGGGGACAUUUCAGUUGCAGCACAAUGGAUCAAGAGGCUAAAUGAAGCAGCCCUUGACAUGCAAAUCGCGCCGAAUCUCAAACUGAGAAUUGCGGUAAGAUUGCUCGAGGGGAUGGCAUCCAAGUGGUGGGAUGGAACCAAGAGCAAGUACGGUGAGACCGUCGUUUGGGAGGACUUCCAACGGGAGUUCUUUGCCCAAUAUUAUUCGGAUUUUGAAGUGAACAAGAAGGUGAGGGAAUACACCCUCCUAACCCAAGGGGGCAACAUGACAGUGAAGGAACUUGAGUACAAGUUCCGGGAUCUCGCCGACUACAUACCGGAGUAUGCUUGUGACGAGAACCGAAUGGUAAACCACUUUUGGGAUGCUCUUGACUUGGAGAUACGUGAUAGGGCAACACAAUUGCCUAAUAUGACUUUCGCCCAAGUGGUUGACCAAGCGUUGAAGGGGGAGAAACAGUGGGAGGAGAGGAAGAAGAGAGACGCCGAGGAGGCGAAAAAGAGAAAGUGGGAGAGUCAUGGCUCCCAAGGUUCCAACAAAAAGGGGAACCAUGGAGGAGGAUCUUUCCGGGCACCGCCGCCACCGUCUAGGGGGAACCAAGGCCCGAGUGGGCAAGGCUCGAGGUCACAAACCUCGGUGAUAACUCGUUGCAACAAUUGCAAGAAGAAUCACUCCGGUAAGUGUCGCGACCCCCCUAGAUGUUUCCAAUGUGGGGAUGCCGGACACUUGAAGGCGCAUUGCCCCCAGUUGGGUGGGGCAAGGACAUCAGGACCAAGUAGCGGGGCUGCGGGAAGUAGAAACCAAGCCGGGGGUUCCCAAGUAACCAGGGGGCAAGGGGGAGCAAGCGCGAGUAACGCGCCGUCCGUGAAUCAAGGAAGGACGCAAGCUAGAGUCUACGCAAUGACCGAGGCUGAUGCUCGGGCUAAUCCCGACUCCGUCGCUGAGAUAAGAGAGCAAGGGAAUCCACACAAUCCAAGAGAGAAGGAAGGAGGAGAGCAGUUCGCAGGUGCGUUCUUCAGUGCGUAGCUCUGAUUGUUUGAGCCAUAACUUGAGAUUUACGCACCCAAAUAAGGCGUGCGAGAUACCAACAGAAAGCUCUCAAGACGAGGAAUCCGUGAAGGUCUUGUUUGCAUAAAUCGGAGUAGUGGAAGGCCUCCAAAUCGACCGAGCAAAACACGAUCUCGCAGAAUACGUUUUUGUAUUCAAAGUUAGGGAACGAAUUCGUCGGGAAACACCCGUUCUAGGGACUGUUUUUGCAUUUUCGGUUAGGAGUUGAACUAGCACUUUGAGGGGGCUGUUUAACACUCAAUUCCAAGCAAGGAAUCAGUUCUCAAUCUUCCUUGGCCGAGGCUUUGGGUCAUUGGAUCGAGAAGGAAAGUUUUAAAGCUCAUUUGAGGUUGAGGCUAGAGCUUGCUUCCUGUGCUCGUUGCCCGAGUGAUUUCCCGGAGAGAAGACUUGGUUCGUGCUUCCUCCAUUCUGUUUUAGAACAUUAAUAAACAUGCUCAUGGAUAUUUUACUUUAGAGCCUGCGUGCUCAUGUUUGCCCUGUGUGGCCCUUUUGUUUUAAACAAUGUUUUCCGCUGCGUAUUGAAUUGCUUAUUAUGUAUGUUUAUGGAUGACUUAUGUGUGAAUGAUAUUCAUGACGCCUUGUAUAAUAUGAAUGCGUUGGACUGCGGUUGACUAUUCGUAUUGUACGGCGGGUUGUUGACGUGUCCGGGGAGGUCCGGGGCGUGACAGCUACCCACUCCCUCUUCUUCUCCGUUCAUCCGUACCCUUCUCCCUCUUUUUCUCCGUUCGUCUGUCGAAGUUGACACCUACGAAACCCAAGAACCCAACAACGCUCUCUGUUCUCCGUUCGCAAGUCACGAAACCGGCCGUCCCGCGCAACAGUUGAAUCGACGAAAUCCAUCCGACCGUCGUCCGCUUCACUCCGCUCAACUGGUACGGCGGCGACUGAAUUCGAAGGACUAAUAUGAAAUUUUAAAGUGGAAGACUUCAAGGGUCAUCCACAGCUAAUGAACGAAGGACAUGGUGCGCACAUCAUUGUAGUUCAGAGGAUGGAAUUGUAAAUUCCAAUAAAAGAUUACUUUCGUGCGCAAUACUCUGGACAAGAAUUUUUUUUAGGAGCCUCUGUCACUGCGGCCUUCGCCAACUUCUGGCAAUGAGAUUGAUGGAAUCGAGGUUCGACGGGCUGUAGGUGGGGUAUCUCCAUGAUAUCACCGUUGAUGACGCUGUCCAAAGCAGACUGUUGAGGACUCACAACAGCCUCCCACAAGGAACAUUAUUUUUGUUUAGUUUUGUUUUUUCUCUUGCCCAGAAUAUGUUUGAUAAAAUGUUGGAAUGAAAGUGUAGUUGGAUAAGAUAUGUUCAUUUUUUCUUCCUGCCGACUUUAGUAUGAAUUUCAAUUCAAACACUCCAUUUUACUUUCAGG